UCCUCCGGUCCGGCUCGCUCUGUAGGGAAACUCCAGCUCACUUCAACCUGACGAGUCUCAGAGAGCAGCAGCUGUUCUCCAUCCUCUCUGCUGAGCAUUAUGGCCUCCAAAAACUCCAACACGGUGCAGAAGGUGGUGAUGGGUCUGCUGGCGCUCUGGUCCAUCAUCUCCAUCAUCGUCAUCGUGGUGUGGUCCACAUCUCCGGACAUGAAGGGCUCGGCAAAGUGCCGCGCCGAGCUGCGGGAAGCGACGGAGAAGCUGGAAGGCGCCAAGGUGGUGUUCGACAAGGACAGGCAGGCGCUGGAGGAGAAGGCGGUGGAGGCGUGGAAGGAGCAGGACCGGCUGAAGGCCGACAUCCUGCUGCUGCUGGGACGCCUCAACGCCACCAACUUCACGCUGGACGAGUGCCGGCUGAAAAACGUCGUCCUGGUCGAGAACGUCACGGCUCUGCAGGACGACGUCAGGCUGCUGCAGCAGAGGGAGGCCAACCUCACGGAGCAGCUCGGCCUGCAGAAAGAGCACAUCGAGGCCUUGCAGCAAAACCUGACGCAGGCUUUCCAUCAAACCGAGUCCUGCUUCAGCCUGAAGACGGCAGCUGAGAGCCAGAUGUCAGCUGCUCAGAGUCAGACCAAAUCCUGUGAAUCCAAGCAGCAGUACCUGGAGAAGCAGCUUCAGAAGUGUAAAGCUUCUGAAUCAGAAGCUCGUAAGGUGAACCAAGCAGGCUCCACUGCCUCAUCGUCUCCUAACUCCGCUGCCGCGCCCCUCGCUGGUAUUCCCGCGCUGACGCUACUCCUUUGUGCCGCUCUGCAUCUCAUAACCUGAGUCCAGAGCUGCAGCGGGUCAAACCGACAGCAAGCACAGCGGUCCAGGAUGGGGCGGAGCCUGGAUCAACAUGACUGCUGUACAAACUUCCUGUCUGCACAACAACGGGGUCGCCAUGGAGACGCUGUCAUGUGACGGACGCUUGGAUAGACUGUUUUGCUUUUCAUUUGCUUUCAUCUCCGGAUCUGAACCGCUUCAUGUUGGACUCUCCAAGCUUCGCUCCUCUUCCCCCAGCAGCGCCUGGGUCCAGAUCAAAACGUCAGAACUCAUUCACGCCAGCGUUUGGUUUAUUUUCUGUUAUGGCUUCAAUCAGGCUGACAGGGAGGAAAGGGAUUUACUGCCAUCAGUCAUGUCUCCACUAAAUGUCUGCAUAUGCUUCGUUUUAAUGCCACAAUUACUGCUCAAAAUCUUUUGUCUCAACUUUUAGAUGUUAUCAAAUUCUGGUUUAAAUUACAGCUCAGGGUGGGAUGUACUCAUUUCAAAAAUAAACCUGAGCACUUUCUACAU